AUGAAACUUCACAGUUCCAAGUCUUUCACGAUAAAUAUAGCGUCAUUCUGCGCUGAGAUGAUCCUGAAAGACUCCGAUACUGAAAGACUUCACAGCAAAGACGACAUUGUUGAGGAACUAAAGUCCGAUUAUAAGGUCGGCAGUGUAUACGAUUCUUACGCACAGAAAGGAGGCAGUGGGAUCAUUUUCUAUCUUUUCGUCUUGCCGUCGAAUUUAUACGAGAAACUUUUGAACAAAAGCGAAGAUGUGGUCACUGUUCUCUCCCAUUAUGAAUCAACUGGUUUCCAACAAGAGCAUUCCACGAAAUCUGCUGCCGCCAGCAUAAUGGACGUCAUCACCAACCGGUUCAAUUUGCAGGUAUCAAUUUUCAAAGCGGACUACAGCGUUCCUCGUCAACUCAUCACGCCUACGCGCGAACGUGGCUAUUGCACAGAAUUAGCGAACGAACCACCCUUGAAAAAGGCGAAGGCCCGCCAGCCCGAUAUAUCAAGGUCCACAAACCUACCACAACUUGGCGAAGAAGGCCCUGACAAUACGGUUGGCAGGAAUGUGUACUCCACAAAUGAGUUAAAUUCUGGAUGUUCAAAGACGCCCAGUACACAUCACGACAUGCUCCAUCAUUCCACCUAUCAGUUACCUCAGUCGUUUACGAUUGGCGCAGGAGUCUCUGUACCAUGCGCAGAAACAACCCUCGAGAACAUUCCACAGCAACUGGUUCAAGAGCAGCAAUCCUUACCUAUUAAUACAGACUCACACCCCUUUAAUGGGCAACAGACAGGAUCUUCUUUGAUUCGAAUGCAGCAUGAUCCGAUUCAAUUUCCUCUAGAUUCAAUGGGGUCUCCAAAUGCUACACAUGAAGAAACGCUUUCAUACUCCAUUCCUUCCUUCAAUGCAAUAUCUGAAAUCCCUUCAUUGCCGCACUCUGGCUUUCUGACCUCCCAAGAAGCGUCGCCGCUUCCCUCAACGUCACUGGGCUAUUGCAUACCGUCAUUUUCUCAGAUAACGGGAAUUCCCUCUCCUGAAUAA